AGCACCGUGCACCCACGUCGGGUGAACUCGACCUGCUGCGGGGACAUAAAUCGACUGUACCGUAGGAGGGCCAACACUUUCAUUGGCCUAUGCCGCCGUCAAUCAAAUAUGCCUUCGUACUUCCGGUAUAUAUUGCGGGAAAGUUAAUCUAGCGAGAAACACAUUUAGUUGGAGUACACUACAAAAUAGGCUAUUUCUCAUUCAAUUUAAAGUUAGCUCGUAUAUUAGAACCAUAUGUCGAGAACAUUAGAAGAGGUGCAGGCGACCAUACAAAUCGCCAAACUAAAAGAGAAUGAUUUGCAGAACACAAUUCACUGUUUGACUUUUGGAGAAAGCGUCUCGUCCGGAGACUACUGCCUGAUGGAACUGGAUGACACGCUUUGUAAACACAUAGAAGCAGGAAAGAGCCUGGUUAUCAGAGGAGACCAGGAUGAGAGAGCUGUCCUGUGCAGUGAAGACAAGACUUAUGACCUGAAGAUAGCUGACACCUCAAACCUCCUGCUGUUAGUGCCUGGCUGCCUGACUCCAGAUCAGCUGACUACUGACAACCAGGCCAGCUCUCAGCUGGUCCAUGCACAGAUUUGGGGCUUUUCUAACAGUUACUGGGAGUUGAGAAAGCGCCAUCCCAAACUAAAGAAGCUGAAGAGACUUCUGAUGGAGAAUCCGUACGAGGGCCCAGUUAUCAGUGGGCAGGAGGAUGUCACUGAGGGGAAGGUACUUAUUAACUCUACUAGAUUAUAUCCAGAGAGACUUCUGAUGGAGAAUCCGUACGAGGGCCCAGGUAUCAGUGGGCAGGAGGAUGUCACUGAGGGGAAGUACACUAUGGGAGACCUGCUUGAAAGAAUCCAAGCAAGUGAGGAGGAACUGGAGGCCCAACUACAGACUAUUCAUGCCUGUGAGGUCAACGGCUACUGGAGGCUGUUGGAUUUUGACUAUGAGAUGAAGCUACUGGGUCACAUCACUCAGCUGGUGGACUCUGAGUCCUGGUCCUUCAGUAAAGUCCCUCUUCGUGUCAGUCUGGAGGAGUUAGGACGUCUGGAGCCACAGGAGAUGAUCGAGCAGAGCUUGAACUGUUAUGGAAGGCGCUACACGGACAACGAUGAGGUGUUCUUUGCGCUGAACGAGGACAAGGUGUGCAGAGCCACAGCUCAGAUGCUGCUGCAGAACGCAGCGAAGUUCCACCUGGCAGAGUUCCAGGAGGUGUGGCAGCAAAGUGUCCCAGACGGCAUGGGCACUAGACUGGACCAGCUGAAGAGUCUAGCCCUUGUGGACCGCAGCUCCAAACCAGAGACCAUAUCUCUGCUGAGAGUGGAAGACCUUCCCGAGGACACACUGGAGAGAUUCACCCAUCUCUUCACCAUCAGACAGAAGUGGACCGAGGAGGACAUCACCCCUUACAUACAGGACUUGUGUGGAGAAAAGCAAACAACUGGAGCUCUUCUUACCAAAUACGCUCGUUUGUCCACGCAAAACGGAAUGAAAGUCUUCAAUUCAAGAAGGCUAGUGGCAACAUGAAGACGAUUGGAUAUCUUAAUUGACGAGCAAAGUUGUAUGGAAUCAGUGUAUUGUUGUAUUUGUUAAAAUGUUAUAAUAAAAAUCUAAUGUUUUUGUAA